CCUUCACCGACUGAAGCCCAUCCGAUUUUGUUUUCAACCGUCAAUUCCGUCACCACUCAUUACCGGCCUUUUAGCUCUGGGGAGGAAUCAAGGAGGAGUUCCUUCCCUUCCCUGGAAUCCAACCCCCCCUUUCAUUUACCCUUUAAUAUCAAGGCCGAGCAAACCCCAGCAAUCGGCCACGAUGGAUGCGCAGUCGCCGCCAAAGAGGAUGACUCGCGCGCGCUCUGCGGCAAAGACAUCUGAGCUCGCCGCAAAGUCGGCCCGCGUCGUCACGCCUGCUGCCAGGGCCAAGACUGCCCGCAGCGCAGCUACUACCACAGCGACCACGAGAGCAACACUCAAGAGGAAGAGCCCCUCCGACGACGACGAGGACGGGCACGAGAUGCAGCCGGCAAAGAAGAUAACCAUAGCUGCUGCCGACAAGCCCACCCGCGGUCGCGGCCGUCCGAGGAAGGUUGUUGUCGAGCAGCCCGCGGCAGAGCCCACGCCCGAACCUGCGCCUGCGCCUGCACCUGCACCUCCCACGACCGUUCGCGCCCGUGGGAGGCCGAAAAAGGCCGCGGAACCAUCCGCAGAGAAGCCGGCGAAGGCUACCAGGGUCACCCGCACCAGGAAGACGGCCGACGAAUCCACCAGUGCCGCCGCUGAACCUGUCAAGAAGGUGUCCCGUGGCAGGCCGGCGUCCUCAACAGGUACAGCAACAGUGACGACUACCGCAAAGCCCGUGGCCAAGUCGGCUGUCAAGAAGACGGUCAAAUUUGAGGAACCUGAGAAGGAGAACGUUGCGCCUACCUCCACGGCCGCACGGAAGGCGUCCACCAAGACCUCAGCGCAGGGCCCCAGCACGACAACCACCACCGCCGCCGCCGCCACUACUUCCGGUCUGCGCGGGAAGCCGGUUCGCAAAGCAGCAUCUGCUACGGCUACCCGGUCGGGCCGCAAGACCAAGGCAGCACCAGAUACGGAAUCGGGCGAGAACGUGGAGAAGCCAAUGCCGCUGAGUCCUAAGAAGGUCAAUCAGCUGACGAUGAACUGCGUCGAGUCGGACGAUGAGCUCGGUAUGGACGAGAAAAUCCCGGUCAGGCCGUUCAAGAAGCUCCCCAUCAAGCCCACCACCAGGAGCGCCAAGCCGACAACGGUACAUGCGCCGGUCUCUGCUGGAGAAAACGACGAAAACGCGAUCGAAGUCAAGCAGGCCGAGACGGAGGUCAACCUUCUGUUGGCGAGUCCGGCUAAGCGCUUGCCGCCGACUCCCUGGAAAGGCAGCAUCCAAUCGCCGGCGAGGCGCGUCGAAGGUCUUGUGCCUGCAUCUGCGCAAAAGACUGAGGGAAAGGCACCCCAAGUCCCGAGCAAGACGGGGCUUCUGCAGUCGCCCGCAAAGAGACAGCCGCUCAACCUAAAUCCACAUGGGACCGACAGCAGCAGUGGGUCGGGUAUAACACCCAUCAAACUUUCCUUCCUCUCAACUCCAGCAAAGCGGCCUCCCAUCUCCCCCAUCAAGCCUUUGCCCAGGACCAUUGAAGAAGAGGAGCCGACCGACCGGAGUCCGGCCCCCAAACCGACUCUCCUUGCCAGUCCCUCGCCUCAGGAGGUAUCUGAAGGUCUUGAGGAACGACCCAGCACGACAGAGGACAAAUCCGCGGACAAUGAGACACUCCACGAGUCGCCCACCACACUCGACUUUCCUGGUCGCCUGUCGGCUGUUUUGCCGCGGGAUGCAGACCCGACGCUAACUCCUCCCGCCUCGACAGCGUCAGCAGCUACAGCCCAAGCGCAAGCAGAAGAGGAUCAGGCCGAAACCAAGGAGGAUGUCCAAGAGCACGACGGGACGGAAGACCAAGGAGAGCCAAUGGUUGUGGACCAGCCGUCCGCCGAACACCCUGCUGCGGACUCCGCCAGCACCACUCCCCCAACGUCUCCCAAGAACAUCAAUCCCAUGUUUGGACUGCGCGCCAAGGAUCUUGAUCCCUACGGCAACCUGGCUGAUUCGGACUCUGACGACGACGACGACUCUCCUGUGAGACAAAGCAGGUAUACUUCUGCCUUCAGUGCUUUGCCCGCCACUCCUUGUCCCGGUUCAGCGAAUUCAUCAAAGGUGUGGCAGUCCUCCAGCCGCAGCAUUGCUAAAAAGACGCCGAAGAAUGGUGGCCUGGACUUCACACCCCUUGCCCAGCAGUUGAGUGGGUGGACUGCUGGCCCGACGCCUCUCAGGAUCGGUUCACCUGCCGGUCUGGCGACCGAUUCUCCAACAGCCGAUCACACGCCGAAAGCGGUGUCGGCUCCAGCUGAGGCCCCCCAGAACACAUUUUUCGAGGAUGAGAUGCACGUCCGGCCUGAAACCAUGGACGCCGAAGAAGAUGCAGCCACCGAGGUGGGGGACGACGACGACGACGCGGUUCUGGAAGACCUUUCGUUUACCGAGGAGGAUAUGGAGCUUGCCGCGGAAGCAAAUGAGAUGUCUCUCAUGGAAAAGGAACAGGGCGACCACGGCAGCCAGGAUCACGAUGACUCAAACUCGGAAGCCAGCCAAGAAUAUGGCGACGAGAACGCGAUCCCCAUUGAUCCCACGCUCGCCUCCUCAGGCAAUGGUCUCUCUGGGUCAGCGGUCCCACCUGUAACCCCCCAGCGCACGAUUCGUCGUCGCGAGGUGCACACCGUUGCCAAGGUGCCCCUGAAACCCGCCGAUGAAUCCACGCCUCAGCCCAGGCAAGAAAACCGUUGCUACAGCGUCUCGAGACUUCCGGCUGCCAGACCCACUGAGCGGUUAACUAGGAAUGCCACGGCCCCGUCGUGCUCGCCUUGCAAGGGAGGCGAAGUUGACCCUCUUGACGAUCGGUCGGUCGAUGGGAGGGCCGACCCUAGUCUGCCAGUGACGCCCCAAAAGGCAGAUAUCUGGUCAACGAUGGGCACACCCGCUCGGACGCCCCGGGGGGAUCUUAACCCUGCCCUUCUCCAAGGUGCCGUGGUCUUUGUCGAUGUUCACACCAGCGAGGGUGCCGAUGCCAGUGGUAUCUUUGUUGAGCUUCUGACCCAGAUGGGCGCGCGUUGCGUCAAGACGUGGUCAUGGAACCCCAACAACUCGUCGGAAUCGGGAGCGGAUUCGCGAGUCGGAAUCACCCACGUAGUCUACAAAGACGGCGGCAAGCGCACCUUGGAAAAGGUACGCGAGAGCGGUGGGUUAGUGCAGUGUGUGGGUGUCAGCUGGGUCUUGGACUGCGAGCGUGAGAACCAGUGGCUCGACGAGAGCCCGUACUACGUCGACACCUCGCUUGUCCCCCGCGGCGGUGCUCGUCGGCGUAAGAGCAUGGAGCCGCGCUCCAUCGCCAAACUCAACGGAAUGCUCGUGCCACAGCCCGUGCGCAGCUCUCGCGGCUCGCAGACCGCGCCAAAUACGCCUGCCAACAACCGCCGCGCCAGUACCCUGUGGGUUCGAUCCCCGGAGAAAUAUUCUGAUGAGGACGACGACGACCACGAUGGCUCGGACAGCGGCGAUGACAACGACGAUAAGGGUGGAGGCGAACACACCGAGUGGGGUGCGCUCACACCGGUUCCCAAGACCCCGGCGCCCGAGGCCAUUGCCCGCUUCGUUGCCAACAUUAGCCCGGGCUCGGCCACCCCGUCGAGCGUGGGCAGCGUCGACAGCGAGGACCCGCUCGGUCACGGUGACGAGCACGACCGCAAAGAGGCGCUUCUGCGCACCUGCCCGCCGAAGCGCACAGCCUUUGUAGAGCUGGGCGAAAGCAUCCUCAGCAAGGAGAAGGACGAGCGCAUUCUCAUGCGGCUGAUGGCGGCCCGCCGCAAGAGCCUCCAAUUUGCACCCAAGAUCGGAAGCCCGCUGUCCAAGAGCUGGAAGGCGUGGAAUUAAUUAGACCGGAGACACAUUUGCAUGUUCCUUUACCUACUGUAUUGUUUUGUAA